AUGAAUCAUCAUCAACGUGUUUCGAAUGAUGAGUGGAUGCUGAUUUGUUCGUUUAUUAAUGUGAAGAGUUUGGUGAAUUACAUGAUGGUUUGUAAGGAGUUUUAUGUGAUUGGAUCGAGUGAUUUAUUGUGGAAGAAACAUUACGAUAGGAAAUUGGAAAAUUAUUCGAAAGUAAAACCAGUAUUGGAAUAUGGAUAUGCAUGCCACUAUUCUAUUUUAAUGAAAGAAGAUCCGAAAGAAAAUUAUUAUCUUCACUAUUUGCAAGUGUGUGGAAUGGAAUUAUUGAAAUUUACUGAAAAUUAUGAAUACGAAAGCUAUGACAAAAUUUUACAAAAAUCAGUGGAAGAAUUGAAAUGUCCACUACCUCAUUUCAAAGUGGCUGUUUUAGGUGAUCACCAUUCUGGUGUAACCGAUCUAUUGAAGAGGUUGGGUAAAUACAAUUUAGAUAAUCAAUUCCAAUAUCACAUUUCCAUUGAGGGAAGAAAGUUCUGUAUUGAUUUUGUAGAUGUUUCUGAUAUGGAUUAUGAACGAAUGAUUCCUCUCUUAAUGUUUGGAAGUGAUCUCUUUGUGGCAACAUUCCCAUUCAGACGUGUAUACGGUUUAGAAAGAAUCAAAUCAAAGUGGCUUCCCUACGCCAAUCACUACAUGCCACACACUCCAAUGUUAAUAUUAGGAACUCAAAAGGAUUUAAAAACCAAAGAGGAUGAUGUUACUGUACAGAAUGCUAUCAAGUUUUGUAAGGAACACAAAUGCCUGACCUAUUAUGAAAUUUCAUCAUUGGAGGAUGGUGAUGAAAUUAUGACACAGUUUGUAGAGUUGUGUAUAAAAUCAGCAUUAAUGACUCAUGCAAUAUCUGUACCAAAAAGAAAGAAAAAGCGAUGCUCCCUACAAUAA